AUGGGCGUGAUCAUGUAAUAGGACAUGGGGCUGUGGGCGGGACCAUGUCGAAAGCUGAGGGGUGAGUGGGCGGGAUCGUUCGACGGGAUAACCGUGUGUGUUGCGACCAGCUGAGAACGAGCGGGGGGACAGGGCUGCUCCCCGGGACAUGCAGGAUGGACGGGCGCUACCACCGGGCCGCCAGGGAUGGAUUCCUGGACCUGCUAAAAGAAGCGACCCGGAGGGAUCUGAACUCCCCGGACGAGGAUGGGAUGACCCCGACUCUAUGGGCGGCUUAUCAUGGGCACCUGGGGGCACUGCGGGUCAUCGUGAGCCGGGGGGGUGAUCCAGAUAAAUGUGAUAUUUGGGGAAACACCCCUCUGCACCUGGCUGCUGCCAAUGGGCAUUUGAACUGCCUUUCCUUUUUGGUGUCCUUUGGAGCCAACAUCUGGUGUUUGGACAAUGACUACCAUACUCCACUGGACAUGUCAGCUACAAAGGGCCACAUGGAGUGUGUUCGCUAUUUAGACUCAAUCGCAGCCAAGCAAACUGGCCUCAACCCCAAAUUGGUGAGUAAGCUAAAGGAACGGGCCUUCAGGGAGGCCGAAAAGCGGAUCCGCGAUUGCGCCAAGCUGCAGCGCAAACACCACGAACGCAUGGAACGGCGAUAUCGAAGGGACAUGUCUGACCAUUCCGACACCAUGAGCUUCUCCAGCUUCUCAAGCUCAGUGAGCCAGCGUUACCCCAGUGCCACAAUGCUUUCCACCAUGCCAUAUUCUCAUGCUGCAGGGACCACAAAAGGCAAGACAAAGAUACAGAAGAAACUGGAGAAGAGGAAACAAACAGAUGGAACAUUCAAGAUCUAUGAAGAUGGCAGAAAGAGCAUGCGCUCACUCUCAGGGCUGCAGCUCGGUAAUGAUGUCAUGUUUGUCAAACAGGGCACCUAUGCCAGCCCCAGGGAGAGAGGGCGCCAACACCUUCGAGACAUGUUUUUGCCAGAGGAAGACUCCCUCUCCCGAGCCAUUAGUGAUCCUGGACUUCAUGGGGGUGAUUCUGCUCAUUCAGAAGUCAGCACAGAUUCUGGACAUGAUUCUCUGUUUACCAGACCGGGGCUUGGUACUAUGGUGUUUAGAAGAAACUAUCUGAGCAGUGGCCUGUUUGGAAUGGGGAGAGACGAGGGGAAUGGACUACAAACUGGGGUUGGAGAGGAAAUUAAAUUGCGCAGCCGGUUAAAGCGAUCACCAAGUUUGGACGACAGUAUUGGCAGUGCAGGAAGUCUGGUGGUUAGAAAUGACCAGGAGCUGCCCUGGGAGGAAGAGGACUUAAGGCUGGAUGAUGAUGAAGAACCAGACACCAGCCCACUGGAGUCUUUCCUGGCCUCUCUUCAGAUGUCUGAUCUGGUGUCUGUAUUACAGGAUGAGAAGAUUGAUCUAGCAGCCCUUAUACUGUGCUCUGACCAUGACCUCAAGAGCAUCGGCAUCCCUCUGGGACCCCGCAAGAAGAUCCUGGAUGGGAUCCAACGAAGGAAGCAGGCAGUAGAUAGACCCUCUACCAUGGGAGACACUGAGCUAUAACAGAGUGCACAGAGCAGGACCCAAUCACAGUGCCAGAUAUCCUAAUGGCUACUCAUUGGGUUAAUGACUGCCAUGCUCCUUCCAUGCCAUUACCAGUGCCACUUUAGGGGACACUUCCCCAAACCUCACUGUUUUUUUCUCUGCUGCCAAGAUUACCUAAUUGUUCCUGUCUGUGAGGCACAGGGGAGAUGUAGCCCUCCUUGUUAAAGAGCUAAGAGACAGGUUCAGCUGUUGCUGGGUCUGUCUCAGUCAUCAUGAUCCUUUCUGGACAUGGACCUUUUGUUUCAAUAUCAUCCCUUCUGGACAUGAGUUCCUUCUGGAAACACUUCACCAACUAUUGGUCUAAGGGCCAGAUAUCCACCAUUCUCGAAAGAUGUCAUUAACAUGCUAUUGUUUUAACUUCAUUUGGGCUUCCCUUCAUACCAGGCAACAUUGGGAGGCACCAGAUUCUCGUUGGCCCAUUGAGAGGGAAAGCCUUUUCAUUAAUUCUCAUGCACAAAUAAAGAGCACACUCUAGGAAUUUUGUUAAUUGCCCUGGAGUUACUUGUUGCUGUAAAUGGGAAUUAAAAGUACUCACCCACAGAUGCAAUUUUUCCAUGAUUUGGUUUUCCCCUGAAACACAUGCAAAUGAUAGCAUCAGAAACUUACAUUAGUCUUUCAUUAAAAAAGAUGUUUUGUCACGGAUACAAUCGGAAACAAUGCUUGGGAGCUUUAAGACUGGGCACACUGCUUAGGCAAGGGCUCUUUCUGCUGUGAAUUCAAACUGUCCCUAAAUGUGAAGGUCUCAUUCCGGUUUGGGAUCUGUUCUUUAGAAACCUGUUGUGUAAAAUACUCUAGAUAGGUCCCAUCACCAUAUAGAGAAGGUCUGCAGAACAUACAAAGCUAUAUACUCCUAACUUACUUUCUGUUUUAGUGAACAGAUGAUGGCAGCUCCCCUCUCUAUAUAAGAUUGAAGAUGCCAAGCAGGAAGGUUUAGUGCACCCAAUAAGCUAUAGAAGUCAGUACCUGUACUGACUUUAAGUUAAAAAAUUUCAGUAUGUCCUAUUAUUUCUCUCUUUGACCCUUUUCCUUGAAAUCCCAUCGGAAUGUUGUACAAUAUGGAAAGUUAUCUCUUUCUAUUCCAAAAAAAGAUUAUCCUCCUUUACUGCACCAUGAAUUAUUUAUAUAGGACCUGUAUUUAGGAUACAUUCUGCUCACCUUCGUCGUAUGACACCCCGUGAUGUAACAGCAUUACUCAUGGUGAUGUAAACCUUUCCUGGGGUAUGUCUGCCAUCUUGUGGCUGCCUGUCUCCUUUACUCAUGUUGUUCUGGUAUUACAAUAGCAAGCAAACCAGAAAACUCAUUGGACUGGUUUCUAGUUGGGUAUCCUGUUUAUUACAGGCAGCAAACUUUGUCUCCCAGCAUUGUCAGAUAAAGUUCAACAAUAUUGGGUUGUAACUGUCAAUAUGAGCAAUAAUGCCUCUUUUGAGGUGAUUGAAUGUUGAGUCUCAGCAUCCCACCAACCACUUAAUGUGAGCUUUACCCACCUAUCUGUUACAAUAUAUAUCUAUAUAUAUAUAUUUAUUUAUUUAUUUUAUAUGCGCACAUAUUGUGUAUGUAUAUGUUUGUGUGACUGGUUUUAAUGACCCGUGUGCUUGUUUUUUGGAUGCGAGAAAGCAUGGAUUUCUGUUCCCACCAUGUGCAAUAUUGUAUGAUAAGUAUAUUCUGUAACAUUGAAAAUUCAGGAUUGUGGGUUCAGCCUGAGACCCAGUUUAUGUUUUCUUAAGUCUUUUUGUUUUGGAGCAUAGAGACCUGCAGCAAUGCCAUGGAGGACUUCUCUCAUAAAUGACUUUUUCGAAAGGCACUACGUUUGCCCAAGUGCACUUGCCCGUAGCUUAUUUGCUUUUAAACAGGUAGCCAGUAAAAGGCAGUGAUAGGUUACUAUAAGUAAUAAGUAUUGCAUCUCCCAAUAAUUCACUAUUAGGUCACAUGCAAUUUUCAGUUGAACCUAUGCUUAAGCAGGCCAAACACUGUAGCUGUGCAUGAGGCAUCAUACCUUCAUUCUACAAGAGCUGUAAGUGCAUGGCCUUACUAUUCAUUCUGUUAUUUGUAAACACUGAAUAUUUGAUCAGCAUGCUCUUGAUUUGUAUGUCUUUUGGUGUGUAUAACAGCUAUUUUCUGUAUACAUGUCUAUGUUUUUAUAAUGUGGGGUUUAUGCGCCGAAUCGGCACAAGGCAACACAAGUCCCUAAAACAAUCCACAAUCCCUAAAAAAUGAUCCCGAGGUCCUUUUAUUUAUUUAAAUGGCAGAUAUAAGUACUUAACACUUGCCUAACACUUGUUUACAUCUUGAUUGCUGAACUAGAGGAUUGUUUGCUAAAGGUCCAGAUUCAGCCUUCUUCGAAAAUGAUUUCUUCAGCCAACAAUAACAUUCAAUCUUAGGUCUUCUCAUGCAGAUCCUGGUAAUAAAGUUGACUACGUUCAGCCAUAGAGAGAUGCAAGGCCUGGUUCUGGCAAUGCCUGACAUUAUUCCAUGUCCAGUUUCAAUGAGGGUUGGGUUAUCACUAAAGGUUUCACAGGUUUUAAAGAAAUUUUGUGCCUCCUAUUUAGUACACGUGAGAUCUUAAUUAAGUCAAGCAAGUCCAUCUAGUUGGAGUCCAGCUGCAUCCACUAAUUUAUUAUUGUAAGAGAAGUUUCAGUAUAAUGUGUGUUAUGGUGGAACCUGAUACUGAUUUGAAUGCAAGUUUGGUUUGUAAAUUACAAACAGGUACAAGACAUAUUGUAAAUAGGAGAGAAUGGGGAUAUAAAAUGACAAAGUUGCAUCUGUGAAGAAACAUGGAAUUGUAAUUCAUUCUCUUGGAUAUCGAAACAGACAUUGAAUGUGAGGAGCAGGAUCCAAACAAAGGGGUGAUGGCAGAAAAGUAAAUGUGUUAUAUGUAGGCCAUUGGUUAGGAACAUGUAUUGGAGAAGAGAGGGAUUAAGCAGGUGAGAAGGAAGCAGUGGACGGAUUUAGGUUUAGCUUUUGGAAGUUUGAGUUGAAGGGAAUCUAAAGGGCUCCAGGCAAGUUGAUUUUAUUUCUUUGAAAAGAAAGGUUAAGCAAGUUAUAGGGUCUUGGUUUAUUUUGUGAAUUGACUCAGUAGAGGUGGACGGGUCGCCAUAAUAACCCCUUGGACUCGGCAAUAUGCUUUCGAUAAUCCCAAUUUGAAGGGAUUGGUUAUCUAGAAACAGGAAACUGGGCAGUGACUCCUGAUGUUGUUAUAGGUCUAGGCACUCCUCAUUAAUGCCGGGAGCACGUUGCUUUGUCCCCUAUACAGAUAUGUGGCUAUGACAGAUGGCAAAUGCACUUAUCACAUUGACCUUAGCCCUGGGCUUAUGAAUAAGGGAGGGACUAUCUGGAAAUUCGGUUCCAAUUUGUUCAGUACUCCCACUAGUUUAUGCAGCCAGUUAACUCGGGCAAAGCGGCUAUUGGUCUAUUAUGUCUCCCUUCAAGUUGGCAUUAUCGAAAGCAUAUUGCCCGAGUCUAAGGGGUUAUUAUGGCUACCCGUUCACCUCUACUGUAGUGUAUAUAUGGAUACAGGGACAUGGCCAAGCGACUUACUUGCUACCCCUUGAUCCCACGACUGAUGUGGGUAUGUGUAUACGAGUUGGCCUAUUUGAAAGCUACAACAUACAGGAGCCCAUUACUACAACCAGAGGGCCAUUUUAUUCUCACAGGUGUGUUUUCCACUACUAUGAGUCAUCAAGGUGGGUGGGCUCUUUUAAUCACCUAGCCUCUCUUUGGCUAUAUAUUUUGUACUUCCACUGUGUUUCCUUGAUAAAGGUUCCUGUGUAUUUAUAUCUCCGAACUUCAACUGUAUUUUAGCCUCAAAUCCCACAAUCCCUUGGUUGGUAGUUGUAGUUAAACACCAGUUGGAACACUGUAUGUUGGACAUUUCUGCAUCCAUUGUUGUAUCUUAUUUCGUAUAGGAUAUGUGAUGCAGAUGCCACUAUCCCGAGCUCUGUGCAGCCUGUCCUGCAUCUCCCUAGGUUUGUGGGGCCAUUGCUGGCUACUUGCUCUGAUCUCAGGGUUGGGUCUAGGAUCUGCUAUCGGAUGCAUGUUCCUCUCCUGAUCCAUGAUGGCCAUUCCUUUCAUACAUGUUAAUAUAAUUCAGGUGAGAUAUAUGUAUUUAUUAUUUUAUUUUUAUGUAGCAACAUAUAAGGCUUGAGCCAGGCAAAUAUCAGAAAGGCAUGGAGCUUCAAGCUUCGCAUCUUAGGUAUCAAUCUUCACUUUCACAGGGAUGCUUUACUUUUGCCCUCUAUACUUAAUCAGUCCUAAACCCUAGCAUUGUUGAGCUGACUGUUGAAAAACUAGUAGAUGAAGGCUCCGGUACACUUGAGAUUCUUAUAGCAUUGUCCAAAUAAAAACCUGUAGGACACUUAUUAUGGGCCUCAGUGCACCCAAAGGUUUAAUAGACUUCAGGCAAUGACAUUGUCACUCUACUAUAAUUCAAUCCAUGAUGGAUUUUCAAGCCUCUCUAUGGAAAAUGUUGGGCAGCACUGGGAUUAGCAAACACUAGUUAUGCUUUGAAUUCUGUAAACUCCAGCCAGUAUUUGAUGUAUAGUUUCAACUGUAGAUGCACAUCUUCAUUUAACCUCAUACCUUUAAUUACUGUAUGUUUUGUAUACAUGUGAGUAUGGAGGUGGAUCACAUACACCCCUUGUAUAUAUGAAUGGUGGACUGUGUACACAAUAACUAUGUACUCCAACUUUGUAUUUAUAUAUAGGUAAGGUUCUUUAUAUCCAUAAAUCUUAGCAAUGCAUAAUGUAUAAAUAAGCACACAUGGAGCAUUUUUAUCAUUUUUUAACCUUCUAAUAUGCAGGAUGACACAUCAUACAAUGUACAAUGUAUCCUAUUAUAACAUGGAAAUGGAAUAAAUAAUUUUUAAUCA